GUUUUUUAACUGUCAAAAUGACUAAAGAUUGACAACUUUCAAAGCUUUCAAACGUCGAUGAUGACAUACCCGUCAUGUGAAGACGUCAUGUCAUGUAAGGUAGCUGUCAAAUGUUUACGUAUAGUGACGUUUUGAAGGUGAUGGAAAUGUAAAUAUUUGGAAUACAAAAUAUUCAAAUAUUGUUUACUUAAUUUAGAAAACUGUUUAACUAUGGCUCAUAGAAUGGAUGAACUUAAACAGAAACUUCUAGGCCUUAUAAACAAACAGCCACCAAAAAUACCAAGUAUGGGUUUUAACGAUGCAAAUUAUCAUUUUUCUCAAGUGCCUACAUUAUCAAUAAACAGCAAAACGACGCCUGAAGUAGAUAGACCAGCAGAUCAAGAUAUUUUGGAGGGUAUUGAGGCCGCCUACUUUUCCAUGCGAGACGACUUUGAUAUUUGCAGAUUCGAACUAGAGAAACUGCCUGAGGUACUGGACUGUGAUCAAAUUCAAAGAGACUUCAAGAAAUUGAAGCAACAACACCAAGUUGUGUCUAAAAAAGUACUGCAGUUGAUUUUGGAGCAUCAAAACGGUUGUAAUGCUGAAUAUGAAAAGAUGGUCGAGAUUUUAGAGCAAUUAAAAAUUGCUUUAGAUUUAUGCAGAAAUAGUAGGAAGGAGUUGAAUAUUGCUGGAAAACAGUUUACCUACAGCUUGGGAAUAUUAGCAAAUUAUAGAAAGAGAAAGUUAGCCCAAAACUUGUUAAAUAACUUGAUGAUGAUCAAAAAUUUGCAUAGCUUUGAUAAAAGAUGUCAACAGUUACUGCAUGAGGAAGAUUAUGCAGGGGCAAUUGUGGAAUUAAAACAAUGUCAAAAAAUAGCCAGUAAAUACAGACACUUCAAUUGUGUGGCUGCUUUGACUUACAAACUCCAAGAGACCUUAGAAAAUACAGAUGCUCAGUUGGAUAGAGUAUUGUCACAGACAUGUUAUCAUUUUGAUAGUGAAAGGUAUCAGAAACUUCAAUUAGCAUAUCAAUUGCUAGGAAAAUCUCAAGUAUCCAUGAUUGAUCAUUUACAUGUUCACUAUAUUACAGCAAUAUACAAUUCUUCAUUGAAUGUUGUGCAUUCUUAUGUGCAUUCACUUGAUGUUUUAGAAAGUACUGAGAAUACAGGGAAGAAUCCAUAUAAAGUAUUGUGUCAGUCUAUAAGUCAGGAUGUAUUUAUCCCCUGUCUGGUCCACCUCUGUCAAGUAUUGUUCAAAAUAGUCCUCAGUUAUCAUCAACUUGUCAAAUGGCAUCACAGAUCUGACAAUGAUGCAACUGAGUCAGAGAAUCUGAAUGUUGAAAAUAAGAUGAGUAUCCAGAAACUGGAUGACAAUUUAAUAAAAAUAUGGGAUGAUGUGCAGAGAAAGGUAUCCAGCUUGCUAUUAAAUGCUGAUCUGGCACAUUAUAAGUUUGAUCAGUUUGUGCAAGUGCUCAGAGUAGUUCACAGACUGAUUCAAGUUGGAGAAGAAUUUUGUCAAAGUAAAUCUGAGGAUUUACAGGAGUCCAUCCGAAAACAAAGUGUCAACUAUUUCAAAAAUUACCAUGCUCAAAGAAUGGAUGAACUAAAGAUAUUUUUAGAAAAUGAGAUGUGGGAAAUUUGCCCAGUCAAGCCAACAUUUGAUAUUCUGCAACUUCAAGUAUAAAUAGUAAAAUUAUAAAAGUGGAUAGUUUUCAAAUUAUUAAUUCUUAUAGGAAUUCAAGUCGUACCGAAAUUCGAUGAAACAUUUUAAAUCCAAUCCACAGAGUAGCCCUACUGGACCAAAUUAUUCAACAAAUUCUACAGAAUGCUCUUCUAGUCAUUCGCAAGAUGGAAGUAGUAUCACUGGAAAUUAUUUUAUCAGAUAUGCUGAUCAUGGUACACCUUUUGAUGCCCGGUUGGACGAUACUAUAAUUGAGGAAGACAUUUUAGCGUCAGAAAAUGAGGGAUCAGGGUAUUAUUCUGAAGAUAGCGAAGAGGAAUCUGAAGAAUUAAAGAAGGACUUUGUGGAAGAGUUUGGAGACGAUAACCAUGCCAGGCUACUGGUCAAAGAUAAAAAGGACAAACAUCAUCAAAAGGCCCCAAUUUUGACAAACACGACUCUCUCGGUACUCAGACAGAUUGGAAAGUAUAUCCAAAUGUCCAGGUUAUUACAACCAAUAGCAUUCCAAAUAAUAACUUGUAUGAGUCAACUUUUUGAUUACUAUUUGUAUGCUGUUCACUUGUUUUUUGCAAGCGAUUUGAGUGUUUCUAGUGCAAAUUUAUAUUCUCAAGAGCUAACCAUGACACUAAAUAAGAUUUCUGAUAAUUUAAUUUUGGAAAACAACUUGCAAGAAAGUGAUAACAUUGAGGGUAAAAUACUAAAACCCUCUCUGUCACCUAUGGUAAAUCUUCAAAAACCUGAACAUUUACAUGGUCUGGCUGAAAGGAUUGUAGCUGUGGAAAGUUUAGUGUUCUUAGCGGCACAGUAUCAAUUUUUACAAGGAUACUUGGAGUAUCUGGUACCUCAACCAAAUAAGAUUAUGUUGCAGCAGUAUUUCACACAGAAUAUUGCCAGCACGUCGUCUUUACGUUAUCCGAUAUAUAUGACAGUUGCAGCCCAGGCAUUUGAUCUGAGGCAAAUUUUGUCGUCCAUGGCCAAAAUUAACUGGGAAGUAAAAGACGUGAUGUCACAGCACAAUUCCUAUAUAGAUAUGAUUUUGAAGGAAGUGCAUAUCUUCACUGUACGACUUGAACAAGUCGCGAUGAAGGUACCUAUUCCUCAUGCAGCUUACAAAUGUUUAUGGGAAAACAUUGCUCAUAUAGUGACGCAUACGCUGGUCCAAGGAUUUUCUGAGGCAAAGAAAUGCACAAAUGGUGGUAGAGCUUUAAUGCAAUUGGAUUUCACUCAAUUUUUGACGAAAUUUGAGAAAAUGUCCCAACUACGACCAGUGCCUCAUAAGGAAUACGUGGAAAACUACGUGAAAGCCUACUACUUGCCGGAUAUUGAACUUGAAAAAUGGAUCAAAGAACAUAAGGAAUACUCGUCUAAGCAUUUGUUUGGGCUCGUAAGUUGCGCAUGUCAAAACAAUAAGAAGAUGAAACAGAAGCUAAUGCAAGUCAUCGAAGAAUUAGAGAAAAAUCCUUUCAAUAGAUAGCAUAUGUUUGACUACUUGUCAGCCGCAGAUACUUAACUAUGAAUUAAACGUUUGUGAUAUUGUUAUAUCUGGUAAUUUUAAGAGUCCUUAAUCCUGCAAAUUUAAUUUCAUAUGUGUAUAUAUUGAUUAUAUUUUUUCCGUACUUUUUCUAUAUUGUUGCAAUAUUUAUAAAUAAAAAACGUUUAUUUAAAAAUACGUCUAUUUAACACAAUAAAAAAAACGAGCAUAAAUAAAAAUCUAACCUAAAAUUCGUAAACCUA